CUACUAUGACUAUAAAAAGCCCAUCUUUCAAUGCUCCAAAUGAGAAAGGAGACAUUGUAUUGGAUAUCCUUUCUGCCAACGGCCCAGGUUUAAGAGAGAAAAGCAAGUUUAGGAAAAAGGAAUGACAAGGCCGUGUUCAUGGAACUUGACCAGGGAGGAGCCGCUCUUUUUGGCUACUGUUUGAACACAUGAAUCAAUGUGAUGAAAGAGACCUCAUCUGUGAAGAGCAGAGAAAUGAGUGUGGGCAACACCGUGAGAAGAAAAUAAGGGGACUGUUGAACACCCCUUCUGAUGAGGUCCGCCUCUUACUGUUCCGAAUGUCUCACUCGCCACUUACAAAAAUAUCCUGUUAUAUCAGAGCCUGGCAAGGAGAUUUUUCUUCUUCUCUGACCAAGGAUUCCUCUGAAACAGGAGUGGCUGCAGAGAACUUCAACCAGAGACAGCUGGAAGUUCUGGCACAUGGAGCAACACACACCAAGACGAAGACAGUCCAACUCUCUCACAUCCGUGGCCAGUGGUUUGGAGAACAUGGGCGUUGAGCUGUCGGAAAGCCUGGAGGAGGACCAGGCCCCUGGCAGUGACCCAAACCCCACCGAAGUUGGAGACAGCUGGAGCAAGACUGGCCUGGAGCCCUCCUCAGGAUGGAGGAGCCUGCAGCCAGCCCUGAAAGUGAGACGCUUCUACAGGGAGCACACACAGCUGUUUCGGUGGAUCUGCAAAGGCCUGCUCUGUACUGCUUUCGCUGCCUUCCUGCUGAUUGCCUGCCUCCUGGAUUUCCAGAGGGCCCUGGCACUGUUUGUCCUCACCUGUGUGGUCCUCGUCUUCCUGGCCUACAGCCUGCUGAAGAGGCUGCUGGGGCCAAAGCUGCAGAGAUGUGUCAAGCCUCUGGGGCAUCCUCGCCUGAACCUCUGGUUUAAGAGGGGUCUAGCACUUGUCGCUUUCCUGGGCCUCAUCCUGUGGCUGGCUCUGGACACUUCUCAGCGGCCUGAGCAGCUAGUGUCCUUUGCAGGAGUCUGCGUGUUCAUCGGCCUUCUUUUUGCUGUCUCAAAGCAUCACCGCGCAGUGUCCUGGCGGGCUGUGUCCUGGGGUCUUGGAAUACAGUUUGUACUCGGACUCUUCGUCAUCAGAACAGAACCAGGAUUUGUUGCAUUUCAGUGGCUGGGUGACCAGAUCCAGAUCUUCCUGAGCUACACCGAGGCCGGCUCCAGCUUCGUGUUUGGGGAGACUCUGAUUAAGGAUGUCUUCGCCUUUCAGGUUUUGCCUGUCAUUGUUUUCUUCAGCUGCGCCAUGUCAGUUCUCUACUACGUGGGCCUCAUGCAGUGGGUGAUCCUGAAGAUCUCCUGGCUGAUGCAGGUCACCAUGGGCACCACGGCCACAGAGACCCUGAGUGUGGCUGGAAAUAUCUUUGUAAGCCAGAAUGAGGCCCCUCUACUGAUCCGGCCCUACUUGGCAGACAUGACACUCUCUGAAAUCCACGUUGUCAUGACCGGAGGCUACGCCACGAUUGCCGGCAGCUUGCUGGGCGCCUACAUCUCCUUUGGGAUCGAUGCUGCCUCCUUAAUUGCUGCCUCCGUGAUGGCUGCUCCUUGUGCUUUAGCCCUCUCCAAGCUGGUCUACCCAGAGGUGGAGGAGUCCAAGUUUAGGAGUGAGGAAGGAGUGAAACUGACCUAUGGAGAUGCUCAAAACCUUUUAGAAGCAGCUAGCAAUGGGGCCGCCCUGUCUGUGAAGGUCGUGACCAACAUCAUAGCCAACCUGAUCGCCUUCCUGGCUGUGCUGGCCUUCAUCAACGCUGCCCUCUCCUGGCUGGGAGAAAUGGUGGACGUCCAAGGUCUCAGCUUCCAGCUCAUCUGCUCCUACAUCCUGCGGCCUGUGGCUUUCUUGAUGGGCGUGGCCUGGGAGGACUGCUCGGUGGUGGCUGAGCUGCUGGGGGUGAAGCUGUUUCUAAAUGAGUUUGUGGCCUAUCAGGAGCUCUCUGAGUACAAGCAGCGCCGCCUCGCGGGGGCCGAGGAGUGGGUCGGCUCCAGGAAGCAAUGGAUCUCUGUCAGAGCAGAAACCCUCACAACGUUUGCCCUCUGUGGAUUUGCCAACUUCAGCUCCAUUGGGAUCAUGCUGGGAGGCCUGACCUCUAUGGCCCCCCAGCGGAAGAGCGACUUCUCCCAGAUCGUGCUCCGGGCACUCUGCACAGGGGCGAUUGUGUCCAUAGUGAACGCCUGUGUGGCAGGGAUCCUCUACGUGCCCAGGGGGGCUGAGGUCGACUGCCUGUCCCUCCUGAACACAACCCUCAGCAGCAGCAGCUUUGAGGUGUACCAGUGCUGCCGUCAGGUCUUCCAGAGCACCAGCCCGGAUUUCAGCCUAACGGCCCUGGAAAACUGCUGUCGAUUUUACAAUCACACGAUCUGUGCAUAGUGGGGAUAGAACAUCUUUGUGCCUUCUGGGGGCUAUUCUUCGCCAGGAAGCAGCUGUCCUCAUCUUUCCCUCUCCAGCCCCUGGCUUGGGGAAACCACAGGGCUUGGACCCACCCGAGUCACAGAGGUGGGAAGGGUGACUGGGCAGAGUGAUUCUGUAAGUAAAUGAGGGAUAAUCCUCCCUCCUCACCCCUUCUGCUCUCCCAUCUCCUCCCUCCCACAAUGUAAAUUCUCAGGGUUGCUGCUGCCUCCUCUCUCCCCUCUGCAUCCAAAUAGCACCCUGCUCAUCUCCAUCCCCCCUGACUUGGGGCCCUCAGAUUUGCCCUUCCCUUCUGCUCUUGGGCCCUCAGCCCUGGCAUUCCAGGUGCCCCCUUCCCUCCUGCUCUCUGGGCACUGGGGUCUUGCUGUGGCUUCACCCCUCCCAGACAGCAUCUCCUGGAGACCCUUCCUCUACUUUCAGAGACUCCCCUCACUGCCUUCACCCAUAGCACUUCCCAAACUGGUGUCCUGUGGAACACUGUCCCACGAGGUGUGCAGAGGUUUCCAGGAUCCGCUAGGUUUGGAAAACGCUGGGCUAAAUAAAGCUAGGGUUUGUUGUG